CAGGCUCACUGGGAGGCAAUUCAUUCUGCAACAGGCGGAGAGAGGGACCCAGGCAGGAUGAAGAGAUUAUUUGUGUUUGUGCUGUCUCUCAUCUUACUGACUUUCUUCUCAGAGGCCUCUCCGAUUCUGACGGAAAAGCAGGCCAAACAACUCCUGAGAUCCCAGCGCCAGGACAGGCCGAGCAAACCUGGGUUCCCGGAUGAGCCCAUGCGGGAGUACAUGCACCAUCUGCUUGGCCUGGAGCACCGCGCGGAGGAGCAGUUCCUGGAGCACUGGCUGAACCCGCACUGUAAGCCCCACUGUGACAGGAAUGUGGUCUAUCCGGUGUAAGCGUCUCGGGACCACCUCCGCAAGCAUUUUGAUAAACACCAGCCCGGAUGUUGCUGAAACAGGAUGAGGCCCCCUCUUUCGUUUACUUUUCAGUAGUGGAAUGGAUGUCUUCAGACCUUGUGAAUUGUGGGCACAGCAAAGGUUGCCUUGGGGAUUGAUGGCAAAUAUUUAUGCUGCUUCAUUUUACUAACCUGCAUAACUCAUUAAAACCAAUAACUGAAACCACAGCCCUCCCCCCCCCCCACCCCGUGGCCUUCCUACUAGUUGGAAAGGGUGGGCUGGUGGACCCAGGACCUCCAGAACAGGAAAGGGUAGCGAGGAAGCCUUGUGCAGCAGAGUGAAGCCCACCACUGGAGGCUGCAGGGGUUUUGAUCAUUGCUUUUUCCUCUCUCUUCUUUUCUGCUCUAAUAAAAAAAUCACUGUUGAGCCCA